UAAGUUUUAUUAUUUUCUUAUGAGAAAAUUUUGCUAGAAAGCAAAUAAUAACAAAAAACAAAUAGUCCGCCAUAUUAUUUGUUGUGAUUGAUCUCUGGCAGUAUGUGAUGGACUAAAAAUUUGUUUGUUUAUAUAUAGUUGAUGUGUCAUAUAGGAUAUUUUUGUGGAAUAUUUUAUGUUAAUUUUGCAUGAUCCAUCAAGGCAAAAAACUUAAUUGAGCUGUAAAUCUACAAUUUCUUCACGUUUCUUUUUUGUUUAAGUCUGUAGAGAAUGAAAUCCAAGUAAAAUGCUGUGAAAAUUUAUGAAAUGGAGCUUUCUUUAACAGCAGGCAAAUCGUGAGCCUGUCUUAAGAUUUGACUCAUGAUGUUUGAAGGGAAACAUAUCCAUUUCUCGCCUGUGAAUAAAAAGCCUCUGUGUUCUUAUAGUGCCAAGCUUUGCAAACAAAAGCGUAUCAAUGGCUAUGCGUUUUGCAUACGUCAUAUUUUGGAGGAUAAAUCUGCUCCUUUCAAACAGUGUGCCCAUGUUGCCCGCUACAAUAAACAAAAAUGUACCAAUCCUAUUCCUUCCAAUGAGAAUAGAGAGUUUUGCAACAGUCAUAUGCAAGUUGCUGGGAUGCUGCCAAAAAAAGAACGUAAAAUUAAAAAAGAAAAAGAAGUACAACCUGAAGGAAAGUUGAAAUUUUCUGAACGUUUAAAAAUUUUACUAACUAAAGAAAAUGGUGAGACAUGUAAUGAUGAUACUUUUAAUUCUGAUGAUCCAUAUGCCUUUCCUGAUACAUUUUCUGAAAGCGAAAAUUGUGUUAUUGGAUAUUCAGCUACACCCAUUCUCAGAAAUGCUUGGAAUUCAUCACAAAAAAUUUCCUCUGAUGUGUCACCAUUAGAGUCGAAAUUAAAGACUGAGCAAACAUUAAUUAAAAUCCCUCCUUCCAUAGACAAUGCAAUAAAGAGCACUUCACCUACUUUAUCCAAAACAAUGAAUAGGUUGCAAGCAAAAAUUGCCCAAAAUAAGCUAUUAGAUAAACAGAAAAAAACUCAAGAUGCUAGUCAGUGUUUAAUGUCUUUAAUUAAUCCACAAUUAACGUCUAUGGGAAACAAUAAAAGUAGUCCCUCAUCCCCAAUAGAUAUAGGCAGUAUUAAUUCUGAAUCUAGUGAAUCAGAUCCUAAAAUGAUUCCUGUUCUUCCAAAGAAUAAUUUAAUAAUUAAAAUAGAACACUCAGAAGAUCAAGCAAGAUCUGAAGACUCUUUAAUAUCUAAUUAUAUCCCUUCUCCGAAUCCACCUUCAAAUAUUCAAGUUGAUUCGAGAUUAUCUUCUGGUGUCACAUCUUGUGAAUCUUCUGAAAAAUACUUUUGUGACCCUGAGAAGUCAUCUACAACACAUAGUGAUACAAGUUCUAGAGGGGUUUCAGAGAUUCAUCAGGCUAAAUUGCAAAAGACCAAUGUAAAGAUUCCAGUUGCACUUCGAAAAUUGCAAAGGUUACUUAAAGAUAGAAAGAAGAACAAUAAAUAUGUAUUUCCUAGAAGUUUUGAUUCUUCAGGAAGUGAAAGCAGUGAUAGUGAAGAUGAUAUAAAUUUUUAUAGUCAAUUAUCAAAGUUUUAUCUCUCUGAUGGGCGAAAUUUAGGUUUUCCUAAUGGUGCAGUACCUCGUUCAAUUCAGCAAGCACAUUUGAAAUCAGAACUUUCUAGAAGCUAUCAUCAACUUUGUCAGUUACGUACUUUGCACAAGCAACAGGAGAAGCGGCAACGGGAAAUUAUUCACCCUUUAGUCGAGGCUGCCCGAGCUUAUCCAAAUCAAGCAACUGAAAUUUUAUUCAAUCAUUCAACGUUUCCUCAAGUGACAACUCAAGCUAAAAUGAAUAAGUCAUCUAUUGUUGAGAAGAAAACUUGUUGUUACAAGAAGGAUGAUAUUUCAUGCACAAAUGAUGCUCUUCCUUAUACGUGGCACUGUAAAAGGCAUAUUAUGUAUAAUGUUGAUCAACUCUUAUUUGAACAUUGUACAGCCAAGUUUUCAGAUAAUACUCAAUGUUGUGUACCGGUGUUUGAUAUAUGCCAUGAACUUCCUUUGUGUUUUGAGCAUGCGAAAAAGAGAGAUAACUAUAAUAAAAUGGCGUUAGAACCAAAAGCUAAGAAAGCUCGCAAGAAACCAAAGCCAUCAGCAUUAACUAGGCCUCCUAAAAGAGGAAAAAAGAAGAAAAAACCUGUUCUUGUCCGUCCUGCUUCACCAUCUUUACCCCCUCCUCCACCAUUGCCUCCACCUCCUCCAUCUUUACCUCCAUUAUCUCCAGUACCUGUUAAAACUGAAAAUGGUUUGCCGAACUUAAAUACAUUUGAUAAUAAAACGAAUAAACCUAUUGAAACAACCAUCACUGUUUCUAAUUCAAAUAAAGAGUUGAAUACAGAUUUAAGUCCUGAAUUGGAAAGCGACUUGGAAGACUUUUCUCCUGGUGCUAUUGAAAAGACUUUGGAAUUACCAUUAGACACUGCUGAAUUGGCUAAUCAAGCAACUAAAUUAUUAGAAGAACAUGAUUUUACUGAAGUUCUAAAUAAAAUUCCUGAUGACGCUUUCAAUGAUCUUUUUGUUGAUACUAGAAAUGGAGAGUAUAUCCCUAGUCGUGAAGAAACUGAAGAAUUAGAAAGAGCACUUGCGGCUGUUUCCAAAGACGUCCAUUUAGCUAGAGAAUCAUUAGCAAAAUUGUCUUCAUCUAAUGGGCCAGACCUUGAAGAACUUGAACGUGCCAUUGAAAUUCACGGUGGUUUAUUGGGUGCUGAAAAUUUGACAAGUGCAAUUGAUGAAAAUUCUUUCGUUGAUUUAACUAAUAACCAUAUUGAUAAUUUGAAUGUUAUUUCUAGUAGCUUCUCCACAAGUGAUUUAAAUUCUCUAACACAAGCUUUAUCUGUUAUUAAUGCUGAAAGUCUGGAUCAUAAUAAUAUUCCUAUGGCAUCAGAAGCAUCUAUUCUCUCUAACUCCAUUAAUGUUCCAUUAAUAAAUUCAGAUUUGUCCCAACCACACAUGCUCAAUGGCCAAACCGAUUUACUGUCCGGAUUGCAAUCGAUUCAGCUGGAUCCAUCAUUUACAUCCAAUCUCUCUUCUUCUAGCCUGAACUUUGCUAAUGCAAAUUCUCACCAAGGAACAGCUGAGGGAAAACUAUUUUCUAAUGGAUCUUUACUCUCUACGUUGUAUUAUAACCUUGCAUCUUCCAACACCCCUUCUUCUACAGCCCAAACCUAUGCUGUGCCCCCCGUUGCUGGAAAUAAUAAUACCGAAGAAGCCAAUUUUAUACCUAGUACGGGUGGUGUAAAUAACCAUAACCAGUGGUUGCUCAAUUCACCAGAUGUUCUUGCUCUUUCCCAAUUAACAUACCCCAAUAGUUUCCUUUUGACAUCUCAAGGAGGAGGUACAUCUUAUGCCAAUACUUUUGUUGGAAAGUAUCCCCUCCAAGACUUGAACACUGAUAUAAAUCUUGGGUCCACUGAUUCUUCAAUGUUGCCUACUACAAUUUGCAAUCCUGAAAAUGUGAUAUGUGGCACAAACGAGCAGCCAGUACACAACUUAAGUAUUUCUAAUAGACCUGCAUCAUCCUUGCAGCAACCUAGAUCUGUAAAAGUGAUAGUUCAGGAAGGAGCUUCCUAGCAGUUACUCAUGCUUAAUGUUCAGAAAUUCGACCGUACCAUUAUAGACAUGCAUUUAGAAAUGUAUUGGCACAUUUUGCUGCCCCUGACGCCUAAAAGCAGGAUGGCUUUUGAGCUAAUUGUUGGCAGUUUAUUUUGGACGGGUAUGUGUACCUUAAUAAUAGUAUCAUGCUCAACUCAGAAUGUGUUUUUUAAUGUGUAAGUAAAAGCUCUCAUGUAAUUGUGUGUGAUUGUAUUUAGAGUGUAUAAUAGCUUUUAAAUUACAAUUUUUCAAAACUAUGCAUACUCUUUAAUCCACAUUUUAUUAAGAUAAGUGUAUUUCAGAAUUGAUCAUCAAAUACUUUAUUUUGAAUUAAAUUAUCUUUAUUUUAAAAUAAAUUAAAUCUUCAUCAUCAAAAAUCUACUGUCAAACUAUUUUCAUAUAUUUAUUUUUAAUGUUAACACGGUUGGCUAAAUGCAUGAUAUAUAAAUUUUAUUAUUAUUAGUUUAAUCUUUAUAUGCACUUUAAAAUCCUAAAAAAAAAGUUUUUUUCUAUAGAAAAUGUUUGAUGUAAGAAAGGCACUUAAUAUAUCCUAGCAUAAUAAACCAAAUCUAUCUGAUUUAGGUGCUCCUUUACAGUAUUCUGUUUAAAAAACAAAUUUUAUUAAUGAUCUGAAAUUGGUGUUCAGAUAGUUUGUAUAGUUACAAUAACGUAAUAAAUUAUUGUAUAAAAAUUUAUCAGAUUCAUUUAUAUAAUUCAAAUUAAUUAUAGUUUUUAUAUUUGGUAUUUAUGUUUGUGACAUUGUUUUUCCUGUCUAGUAUGUUAUUAAAUUUUGUUAACUUUAUUUUAUGUUAUUAAUUUAUUGAAUUUGUAAAUAUUUGUUUAAUGUUCACUUAUUGUUUUGUGAUCUUUUUUUAAAGCUAGUGAUAAUGUUUGAACAAACAAAUGUUACUUUUGAUUUCUUCAAAUCAUGAAAUUAAGUAAUGGAUGUGCUGUGAUAUAAUUGUAGGUGUGAAAUUUUUUUUUUCCUUUUUUGUCUCAUCAAUUUGUAUUUGUUUAUACUUUAAAGCGUAUUUUUCUUAAAGUGUUUUGAUUUUUUAAACAAUUAUUUUGAAAUAAUAUUUGUAUCCUCAUAAGUUUGUUUUCUAAUUAAUAAUAACUACUUGCAAAAUUGCAAUAUCUUAGUUUUUUAAUCUUAUAUUUCUUAUACCUUUACACUUCUGUGCUUCCCUUAUAACCAAACAAUAUCUUAAUGAUCUUAUUUCUAGUGCAAUGUUCUAGCCAUCUGUACCAAGUUAGUUGUGUACAAAAUUUCUUUUGUAAUACAUAAUUUGUUUUAAUUAGUUUAAUUACUUUUACUGAUGAGUAAUUUUUUUUAUAUAAAAUUAAUAAAUGCUAUUUGUACUCUUUUUAAGAACUGUUUUUCAUAUCAAACUUAAAAUAAUUUGCUUUAGCCCUAUAUCAAAAUUUAUCAAUAAACACAAUGGAAGAAUUCAUUACUUUGAUUGCAUUACAAUGUUCCCUUUUUUUUGUACAAAAUAAAUAAAUAUUGUUAACAUAAAUUUAUUUAGAUUUCAUACUGUACCCAUAUUCAAACAAAUCUGUUUUGCUGUACAAGAAAAUAUACUCUAAAUUUCAAAACUUAGUAUCUGGAAAGUAAUAUGUUUCAUAUUUGUCUAAGGAAUAAAAAUAAAAAUUUGCGUUUACUAAAAUUUCAAUAAAAUUUUUCUGAGAUAUUUCAAACUUUUCUUUUUAUAAAAAUUCAUAAAAACUUAAUUUAAAAGAGGGCAAAGUGACAGGAAGGAAUUUAGGAAAGGAUAUUCAAUUGAUGCAUUUUAAUUAAGUCAAGAGAAGGAUUUAUUCUAUCACUAAUUUACUUCAUUUUAUAAAGAGCAUUCUGAAAAAAUAUAAUUUACUUAAAAAUACAUUGAUAUGAAGAAAAAAAUCCUGAAAAUAGCCAUUCACGCUUAGCAGUCAACAAAAAAAGUUAAAAAAUUACGACCUAAAUUUAAUUAGCAAUUGGUCAUUUUCCCCAUCUUUUUUUCCUUUCUUUUCUCCCCUUUCUUUUCUUUUGAAGAUUGUUUAAGAAUAAAAAUACAUGAAUGAAGAUCUCUGAUUCUAUAAAGUCUGUAUGUACUAAUAAAGUUCUUUAAAGUCAGCAACUUUCACUAAAUUUUGUCACAUAUUUAUAUUAUUUUAAUUGUUUGAUUAUUUUUUUAUAGGCGUGUAAUAUUUUGAUUAUGAAUUUUUU